CAUCAUUCAUUACAGAUAAGUCUGCUGAAUCACCUGUUGGCAAGUUCCGUUUGGGCGGCUCCACACAAAUUCCUUCAGGUUGUCCCAUGCACGAAGACUACCAGAAAAACAAAGAGCAGCAGGCAAACCAAAACAAGAAUGCAUCAGACUGCUCGGCCAGCAGUAAUGAAGGGCCUCUACAUCAACUUGGCUUGAGCUUUGGCAAGGAUUAUACUGGCAAGUUUGUAGACAUUGACCCUCUGAAUAAUGAGGGUGCUCCCAACCAACAGCCUGCUCCUGAUCAGCCUUUCUCAUUGCCAACACACCGGCAGGUCUCGUCCAUCCCCAAAGCAGUGUCGGAGAAGAACGAGCACUGGGUGUAUCCUUCUCAGCAGAUGUUCUGGAAUGCGAUGCUGCGUAAAGGCUGGCGCUGGAAAGAUGAUGACUUGAAGCCUUCUGACAUGGAUAAUAUCAUCAUGAUCCAUAACAAUAACAAUGAAGCAACGUGGAGAGAGGUGCUGAAGUGGGAGAUGAUGCAUUACAAGGAGUGCGGUCAGCCCAAGCUGAAGAAGUUCGGUGGCCGCGCCAAAGAUAUCUCGCCGCGAGCCAGGAUCAGGGCGUGGAUGGGGUACGAGCUGCCGUUUGAUCGUCACGACUGGAUCGUGGACAGGUGCGGCAAGGAGGUGCGCUACAUCAUCGACUACUACGACGGUGGCGACGUCGACCCUCAGUCUAAGGAGUUCGCCAUCCUGGACGUGCGUCCUGCCAUGGACAGCCUCGAGAACGUCUGGGACCGCAUGGUGGCCGCCUGGUGGAGGUGGACCAGAAGUCCAGCUGAUGAUGAAUUUGUGCCGAGUGUUCUUAAUAAUAAACCAAGGGGCGGGCAAAAUAGCGCCCAGCAACAGAAAGAGAAUGCCAGUUAAGAACAAACCGGAUAGUUUCUUAUUGAUGAUGAUCAUAAAAAUGAUUUUUCUUUAUGAUUAAAAGUAAUUUGGGGUGAUGAAUGAGGGAGAAGGUACGUAUGUCAAAAGAUGAAAUGAUUGAAGGUGUCACUGCUAAAUAAGUAACGUGUUAAUGCCGGUUGCAAAUGAAGGGUUGGGUGGACAUGAUGAAUAUAUUGGAGAAAUUCAAUUCAGAUUUUUUUUCAAUAUUGGGGAACAGCAAAAAAAGUUAAUUUUAAAGUAUUUUUCGCGGGUAGUUUUUCAUUUUUAAGAAUGAGUACCUCGCUUUUGCUGUUUACACUAAAAUAUUUUUGACACUAAGGCUGCCAUAUUAUUUAUUAACGGGACUCUUACUUAAUUUCCUCAUGCAAUUCACCUGCUCAAGUGAUGGAUGCGACUCUUUUCAUUUGUUUAUGAGUCUCAAUCAUUUGUUGAUUCAUGUUACUGUAACUGUACUUAUCAUUUUCACGUUUAUUUUAUAUAAAGGGCACGCUGCUUGUCGUAAACUUGCCCAUGGCUGAAGCUAGCAGGGACAAUUCAUAUAUUAAUAAUUCAUCCAUUAAGAAUGAAUUUGACACCACUGGAUACAAAAUAAAUUCUUAAUUAAGAAUUCAUAGGCUGAAUUCUUGAGGAUUUGACUUGAAUUUUAUAUUAAAGGAUGAAUCCGAACAUUGUGUUAUCUGAGGUGCGAGUACCAAAGUCGACUCACUGUCAAGUCAGUUUUUAGGAUAAUGAGUCGAGUUAUUUUAUGUAGAAGUGCCCCCUGUAUUACGGAUUUAAUUCAAACUCGAUGAACCAGAGUUUGAUGCACAAAUUUUUUUGCUCUCAAUGUGGAAAAUCACUUUUCAUAAUACAUGGACAUAGAGAGGUGAAUUCAUCCCCUGGAUAUAAUGGGCAAUUAUUCGAUAAUUAGAACGUUUUUCAUGCUUCGACACAGCUCUUAACUUGGCUUCUCAUUCAAAAGCUAGUCGCUUAGAAUAAAUAAAUCUCUAUUUUCAUUUCAAGUCGCUAUUUUUUUCAUUUCAAAUCGCUAUUUUCAUUUAUUCGCGAUCGGUUUGUACGCUCAUCAUUCACCUGCUGAAUUCUCAAAUUUCUAUUAAUCAUUUAAAUGUACCUUAAUUUCCAUCACAAUCUUUACCACAUGUUCUAAGCUUCAGCCAUAUUCUUAAUUUCAAAAUUCAUAAGGACUAUUUUGCCUUGAUAUUCGGGUUAUAUUGUGAAUAUUACCGCCGCUAUCCAAUAAAAAUUGAAAUCUCUGACGUUCAACCAGUAGUUUAAGGUUGAACUACGUCGCUAGUGUUUGUUUGUACAUAGUUUGUGCUGUACAAAUGUAAUAAAUCUUGUGACUGGCGGCCGCUGUAAUGC